CUCUACAACACCCCGUUGCUGGAUCAAGGCGGCCUGAACGAUCCCUUCAGAGCGCCCCUGAGCAACCAUCAAUCUCCGCUGCCUAGCCUGCCACCUGCCUCUGCUGCCUCCGUUGGCAGUUCUUCGUCGAGGGUUGCCCCUAAAGGGAUGGAGGGCUUGAUUCCGCCAACUUCGCUCACUAUAGGUACAAGAGCUGUCGCGACAAGAGCAAAACUCUCUUCUGCUGGUAUUUCCCAGUCCUCCAACGUAAAUCCCCCCUCAGCAUUCGAUGACCAGUUCUCGGAGGACGAGGAAAUGGACGAUCUGUUUAGUCUUGCUACCGAAGGAACCACAAAGCCCGGAAAAAAUCCCUAA